AUGGCUGACUUCCUACUACCUGGUACCAACAACUUCCGUAAAUUCACUCCGGAAUCCUUGGCUGCUAUUGAAAAGAGAAUUGCUGCCAAGAAGGAUCAUCAAAAAAGUACCUUAGAUCAAAAACCUGAGGAGAAACCACGUCCUCAGCUUGACCUAAAAGCUUUCCAGAAAUUGCCAGCUCUCUAUGGAAAUCCUCCUCCAGAGCUCAUUGGGGAACCACUGGAAGACCUUGACCCAUACUACAAAGAUCGCAAGAUCUUCAUAGUGUUAAACAAACAGAAAACAAUCUUCCGGUUCACAGCUACGCGUGCCUUAUGGAUCCUCAGUCCUUUCCAUCCAAUCCGAAGAGCAGCAAUUAAAAUUUCAAUACAUUCAUUAUUCACCUGGUUUAUAAUAUGCACAAUUAUAACUAAUUGUGUGUUCAUGGCUCAGAAUGAGUCCUCCAGGAGUUCAUCUCCAUCGUGGAACAGAUAUGUUGAAUUUACAUUCACUGGCAUUUACACUUUUGAAUCAUUGAUAAAAAUACUGGCAAGAGGCUUCUGUCUAAAGGAAUUCACUUUCCUUCGAGAUCCCUGGAACUGGUUGGAUUUCAGUGUGAUCAUAAUGGCGUUUGUGGGAGCAUUCAGCAACCUGGGGAGCGUGUCGGUCCUUCGGACAUUCAGGGUUCUGAGAGCCUUAAAAACCAUAUCAGUAGUCCCAGGACUCAAGAUCAUUGUAGGUGCACUUAUCCAGUCUGUUAAGAAACUUGCCAACGUGAUGAUCCUGACCGUUUUCUGCCUGAGUGUCUUUGCCCUCAUAGGGCUCCAGCUUUUCAAGGGCAAUCUGAGAUACAAGUGCGUGAAGAAGAAUCAUACGGAUUCCACUAUCAGAGAUUUUUUACGUAACAAAACAUGGGAAUCCUCUGCAACAUUGGCUGAUUACGCAGAACACUUUGCCAUUAAGCCGGGCACCUCAGACGUCUUGCUAUGUGGUCCUGGCGCUGGGACCUGUCCUCCAGAACAUACGUGCAAGCAAAUUGGGCCAAAUCCUGAUUACGGUUUCACCAGUUUUGAUACAUUUGGCUGGGCUUUUCUCUCCUUAUUCCGCCUGAUGACCCAGGACUACUGGGAACGUCUAUAUCAGCAGACCCUCAGAGCUUCUGGGAAGGUGUAUAUACUCUUCUUCAUGCUGGUCAUCUUUCUGGGCUCAUUUUAUCUAGUCAAUUUGAUUCUGGCUGUAGUAACAAUGGCAUAUGAAGACCAGAAUAAGGCCACCAUUGCUGAGACAGAGGCAAAAGAAAGGAAAUUUCGGGAAGCCAUGGAAUUAUUACAGAAAGAGCAGGAGUCACUGACUGCGAAAGGGAUUGAUAUCCUGUCAAUUAGCUCCUUUGAAGGCUCUCCUUUGUCUGCCAAAGAAAUCAAAGAAAGAAGCAAUAGGAAAAAGAGAAAUAAGUCCUUGGGGAUCGAAGAGUGUGAAGAAGAACAGUUUCCCAAGUCACAGCUCACAGACAGUCAACGAAAGUUGUCCCUCCUUGGCUUGCUGUAUGGUCCCAACGCCAACCAGGUGAAACGCAGGCUUAGCCAUGGCAGUGUAUUCAAUUUCCAAAUACCUGCUUUCGAAGUUGACUCCAAAGCGGAUUCGGCUGAUGAGGAAGCCCACAGCACAGGGGAGAACAAGAUCCAGGGCAGGUCAAUGUCGGUGCCACAGGUGGGAAGACGCUCCAGCAUGCCAAGCCAAAAGAGCCAUGGCUCCCACCCUGCCACCCCAAGCUGCAUGCAGAGCAGCAAGUGGGCCAACACAGAUGACUGCAAUGGCAUGAUUUCGGUGAUGGGAGGAGGGCAUGGCAAGGUGCAUGGCUUAGAAGAUACAGCCCCUUCUGAAGGGGUAAUGCUUCCACCAGUAAUGGAAGACCUGGGGAAGAGUGAUCUGCCAGCUGUGAAUGAUGAGAGCAGCAUGAUGCAUUUACAUCCUCAGCUAUCAGUGGAGUACUUUAAUGAGACAUUUCAGAGACAAAGGGCAGCAAGUGCAGUCAGCAUAAUUACCAGUGUCUUAGAGGAACUCGAAGAAUCCCAACAGAAAUGCCCAAGAUUCCUGAAAGAUUUUGCUUUCAAGUAUCUAAUUUGGAACUGUUGUCCACUUUGGUUGAGAAUCAAGAAAAAAGUGGCUGCUUUCAUAAAAGAUCCCUUCAUUGAUCUCACCAUAACGCUUUGCAUUGUGAUGAAUACUUUGUUUAUGGCAUUGGAACACAAUAAUAUGACAGAAAAUUUUAAAUUAAUGCUUAAAGUGGGCAACUUGAUCUUUACAGGAAUCUUCACUGCAGAAAUGGUCUUAAAAAUCAUUGCUCUAGAUCCCUACUAUUAUUUUCAGCAGCCCUGGAAUAUUUUUGACAGCAUAAUUGUCACAUUGAGUUUAAUUGAGUUGAGUUUACCCAGACAAAGAGGCAAAAAAGAAAGGCGAAAAGGAGGAACCCUCUCAGUUUUACGGUCCUUCAGACUGCUGAGGGUCUUCAAACUAGCAAAGUCCUGGCCAACUUUAAACACCCUCAUUAAAAUCAUUGGUAACUCCCUGGGUGCGCUGAGUAACCUGACCCUCGUCCUGGCAAUCAUCGUUUUCAUUUUUGCUAUAGUAGGGGUGCAGCUGUUUGGGGGAAGCUACAGGACCUACGGUGAUAAGAUAAAGAAAAAUGGUGAAAUACGCUGGCACAUGAUGGAUUUCUUCCAUUCAUUCCUUGUCAUUUUCCGAAUUCUGUGUGGAGAAUGGAUUGAGACCAUGUGGGACUGCAUGGUGGUAGCUGAAAAACCACUGUGCCUUCUUGUCUUUCUGCUGGUCAUGGUAAUAGGGAAUUUAGUGGUACUCAACCUCUUCAUUGCGCUGCUGCUGAAUUCCUUCAGUACUGACUGUCUCCAAACAGCAGAAGAUGAUAGAGAGAUGAACAAUCUUCGGAUUGCCUUUGCUCGGAUUCAUAAGGGACUGCGCUUUGUGAAGAGUGUUAUGUGGGACACCUGUUGUGGAAAGCUCAAGCAUCUAAAGAAAGCCCACAGGAAGAAAAACAAAUUGACUGCCCAGAACCCACUGGGUUUGGGAAAAGAAAGAAAAAAUUGUAAAGACAAUUACAAUAUUGAAUGGGCUGAAAAAAAUGGGGAAAUAUGCUCAGGUCUUGAUGAUUUUAUCACCAAUCCCAAUGUGUUUGUUUGUGUCCCUAUUGCUGAGGAGGAGAAUACAAGUGAGGGUUUUGAAGAUGAGGAUAAACUGAGCACAUUUUCAGACACAGAAUACAGUAAACAGUUUGACUCUGUCAGCUCUUCCGAAGGCAGCACAGUGGAUCUGACAAACCCUGAAGACCUGUUGAGGCAGAUUCCAGAGUUUGCUGAAGACAAGAAGACUCCAGAAAAAUGUUUUUCAGAAGGUUGUGUUCGAUACUUUCAUUGCUGUAAGGGUAGAGCUGUAAACUUUGGAGGAAAAACGUGGUGGAAUCUGAGGAAAACCUGCUACCAAAUUGUUGAGCACUCCUGGUUUGAAUCCUUUAUUGUAUUCAUGAUUCUUCUGAGCAGCGGAGUCCUGGCAUUUGAAGACAUUCAUAUAAAUGAGAGACGAACCAUCAAAGCUAUAUUGUUGUUCCUCGACAGAUUGUUCACUUUUGUCUUCUUUCUGGAGAUGAUCCUGAAGUGGGUGGCUUAUGGCUUCAAUAAGUAUUUCACCAAUGCCUGGUGCUGGCUUGAUUUCCUCAUUGUAGGUGUAAGUUGUGUCUCUUUGAUAAAUAUCUUAGGUAGUUCACUUGACGGUGUGAAAUCUCUUAGGACUCUUCGAGCUCUGAGACCCUUAAGAGCACUGUCAAGAUUUGAGGGGAUGAGGGUGGUGGUCAAUGCCCUUGUGGGAGCCAUCCCUUCCAUCAUGAAUGUUCUGCUUGUCUGCCUCAUCUUCUGGCUCAUCUUUAGCAUCAUGGGAGUCAACCUGUUUGCUGGGAAGUUUGGGAAAUGUGUCAACCUAACAGAAGAAAAUUCAGAAUUGGAUAGUUCAAUCAAUGACAUAGCAGACUGUAAAGCAUGGAAUCACACAGGAAAAAUAUUCUGGGUCAAUGUUAAAGUCAACUUUGAUAACGUUGGCUCUGGCUACCUGGCUCUUCUUCAGGUGGCAACAUUUAAGGGUUGGAUGGAGAUCAUGUAUGCAGCAGUAGACUCACGAGAGAAAGAUGAACAGCCGAAAAUGGAGUACAAUUUAUUUAUGUAUCUCUACUUCGUGAACUUCAUCAUCUUUGGAUCUUUCUUUACCCUGAAUCUCUUUGUUGGUGUUAUUAUAGACAAUUUCAACCAACAAAAGAAAAAGCUUGGUGGGGAAGAUAUAUUUAUGACAGAGGAGCAGAAAAAAUAUUACAACGCCAUGAAAAGGUUGGGAUCCAAGAAACCUCAAAAACCCAUUCCAAGACCAUUGAACAGAUACCAAGGAUUCCUUUUUGACAUUGUAACAAAUCAAGCCUUUGAUAUUACCAUCAUGAUUCUCAUCUGCCUUAAUAUGGUCACCAUGAUGGUGGAAACCUAUGAACAAAGUGACAUGAAGACCAAUGUUCUUAACAAAAUCAAUAUACUCUUCGUUACUAUCUUUAGUACAGAAUGUGUACUGAAAUUGGUGGCUCUGAGACAGUACUAUUUCUCGAAUGCCUGGAACAUAUUUGAUAUAGUUGUUGUGAUCAUGUCAAUUGUUGCCUUACUGCUUUCUGGUAUUGGUAAAGCAUUUGAACAUUUCUUACCACCUACGCUCUUCAGGGUCAUUCGCUUGGCUCGAAUUGGACGAAUACUGAGACUCAUCAGGGCUGCCAAAGGAAUUCGAACCCUACUUUUUGCCUUAAUGAUGUCCCUACCUGCUCUGUUCAACAUUGGGCUCUUGCUUUUUCUGGUCAUGUUCAUUUAUGCCAUUUUUGGCAUGGCUAACUUUGCCUACGUGAAGAUGGAAGAUGGCAUUGAUGACAUGUUCAACUUCCAAACCUUUGCUAACAGCAUGCUCUGUCUCUUUGAAAUCACAACAUCAGCUGGCUGGGAUGGUCUUCUCAGUCCUAUUUUAAACACUGGGCCACCAUAUUGUGAUCCAAAUAUAACUGGUAGCAUAGGUGAGUGUGGUAAACCUGCAAUAGGAAUUGUUUAUUUUGUGAGUUAUAUCAUUAUAUCAUUUCUCAUUGUUGUAAACAUGUACAUAGCUGUUAUUUUGGAGAACUUCAACGCUGCUACUGAGGAAAGUACAGAACCUUUAGGGGAAGAUGACUUUGACAUCUUUUAUGAAAUCUGGGAGAAGUUUGAUCCUGAAGCAACUCAGUUCAUAACUUUCUCUGCACUUUCAGACUUUGCAGAUGCUUUGGCUGAACCUUUACGUGUACCAAAACCAAACAAAAUUGAACUCAUAGCAAUGGACCUGCCUAUGGUCAGUGGAGAUAGGAUCCAUUGCUUGGAUAUCUUGUUUGCUUUUACCAAACGAGUGUUAGGGGAUUCUGGGGAAAUGGAUGUACUGAAAGUACAGAUGGAGGACAAGUUCAUGGCUGUCAAUCCAUCCAAAAAAUCCUAUGAGCCAAUCUCCACUACACUCAGACACAGACAAGAGGAAGUUUCUGCCACGGUCAUCCAGCGUGCCUACAGGAGUCAUUUGCUCCAGCGCUCCAUAAAGCAUGCUUCUUACCUGUAUCAUCACAGAACUUACAGUGGUGACACUCUUGGAGAUGCUGCUCCGGAAAGAGAAGGACUCAUAGCUUCUAUGAUGGGUGAAAACUAUGGCAGGAAUCUUGAUGAAUCUCAAACUUCAUCCUCAGCAUCCUUGCCUCCAUCAUAUGACAGUGUCACAAGAGCCAGUAGUGGCAAUCUGAUAGUUGAGAAUGAAUUUACAGGUGACCAAAAAUCUCUGGACAUUAAAUAGUUCAUGAGUAACAGUGCUGUUAAGAAAUGUUCACAGAAGACGAUACUGUAAAUACACAUAAUCUGAGGCUGCCUUCCCCAUUAAAAUGGAACUGUCAGAAUUGAUCAUUUAGCCAUGGUUAAGCCUGAUUACUUAACUAUGCUAGUGGCCAAGGUUUGGCCUUGGACUCUAAGUUCAGCUUUGUUCAAUAUUAAUACGGGCAGAAAAAGCUGUGAAGGAUUUUGAGUAUGUCUUAUCAAUGAUAUCCCACUACUUCAAGGCAGCUGCCAUGGUGGUGUGUUCACAGCAGUGACAAAUGUCACAUCUGACAUCACACCUGCCAUCUUACGAGGGUCUAAUUCAAAAAGCAGAGAGCUCAAGCAGCAACAGAUCUACCAGAGAACAGAAAAAGAGUAUUACAUUUUGUUUAAAUUGCAGAAAGGAGAGGAGCUAGAAUUUCUGCUUAGUCCACUCCCCAGUUGAUAUUCUCAUUGAAAAUCUUUUAAAUAAAUGGCUGCUGAUUCUUUUUAAUGUUUGGAAACUGAAACUUAGCCCCUGCAUGAUCCGCAGUGUAGUGGACUUCUUCCAAUAUGGUCAACCUACAGAAUAAGUCACAGCAUGUAUGCUAUUGUGUUACUGCAGCUUAACGAAAUAAUAAAUGCAACUCUUAAUAUUCAGAAGCUGUACUGAACCCUUGUACAGGAACUCAGACUGGGAGUGCCUUGUAAGCUGCCUUAGUCAAGGUGGUGUGGGUAUCAUCCAAGGCCAUGGGGUUAGGCCUUGAUCUGCAGAUGCAUCCUGUUGGCAGUAAUUCUCCCUCCUGCUGUUGCUUCCUCAACGGAAGGGACAGGUUUUUUGCCCCUGCACAGGUUAGAAGAAACCACAAUACAAGUAACGUGGACAAUCAGGAAAUCUGAUUUGAGGCACUUGAUUCUAGGGUUAACAUACUGCUAUGGGCGUAGUCACAGAUGCUGCUUCUCAUGAAUGCGUGCAGAUGGUCUCUCAUGAUCUUCACCACGUUUUCCUUGCAAAGGUUUUUAUCCUCAUUGUGUCCUUACAAGAGAGUUUUUUGUAGAGAAGCACAUGUCCAAACAAUACGUGGUCUUUUGUCCUUGGCACAGGUACUUUGUAGAUACCUUAAGCUCAUGCACUUUGCUGUCUAACGGCGGUUGUGUUAUCCUUUGUCAUGUAUCGGAGAUAGUCAAAAAUUACCCUUGAUGUUUUAUUUCUCAUUUAAAUGUCAAGCAUGCUACAUGCGAGUCAGCAGAAUAUGUUUUGUGUUUCUCCUAGUUACUGAGUUGUAUCUGUACAGUUGGAUUUGCAAGAUUUGUCAAGGCUCAGAUGAGCUUUCCUCCAGCCAGAAAGAAAACUGGGCUUUGCAGCUGGCUGGGAUCUGCUGUACACUCCAUGUGUGACCUGCAGCAAGCUGCUUAUGCUCUUCAGCACCCCUUCCCUACAUGGCAGUUAGAUGGCCUGUCUUGUGUCCCCUCCCUUUUCUCCCAUCUUUUUCACCUCUUCAUACUGUGAGCUCUUCGGACAGAAAUUUCCUUUUAUUAUAGAUGGGAAAGUAUAUCUUAAAAAUGACAUUGUUUAUAGUUAAGGCUGACCGAACACUGAUUGCUAAUAAAUAAUAUUUACAAUAUCUUUUAAUUUUAAUUUAUUUUGUGGUAUUCCCUAAGUUUCCCCUGCUUUCUCCUGGUUUCAUAGCACCUUCAAGAAGUUUUGACUAAGUUCCUCAAAUUUUAAAAUGGGUGCACACUGUAUUUGCUUUGUACAAGAGAAGACAACAGCUCUGUGCCAUUGGAACCAAGGAGACUCUCUAUUCCUUCCCCAAAAAUUAGAGUUAAUAAGUAAAACUUGAUUAA